CCUACCCCUCGUAAAGGGGAAAAAGCAGGAAAAAGUUGUGUCAACAAUAAUAAACAACAAAAAUAUUCUGCAAAUUAAAUUAAUAAAAUUAAUUAAAACUCCAAAAUGCAGCGUGAAGAGAAGCAACUGGAAAUGUUUUUAGAUAAUUCAUUAUCAAAGCUGAAGGAUCUAAAGAUUGCAAUAGGACAGAUGAUACAGAAAAUAGAGUUUGAGCACGAAACAAUCAAUUGGCCAACAUUUCUGGACAAUUUUGCAUUGAUAUCAUCUCAUCUUGCUGGAUUGUCUAAAAUGUUAUCGCUGGAAUAUACACCUCCUAUUAGAAAUUUGACAGUACUUCCCCUUAAUUUGAGUCCGGAUGUUGAUGAGAGAUUAGUGCAGGCAACAGAAGGACGUUUACCAAUUUUUGCAGCAGAAAUAGUUCCCGAUUAUUUGAGAACAAAGCCAGAUCCAUCAGCAGAAAAUCGAAUGAAUCUUCACGAGGCAAAAGCCAACGCAAUAACGAAUGAAGCAGCAUCAAAGCAAGUUGCUCAAUUCAAUAAGAUUGUUUCUCAUGUGUUUGAUUUGAUAUCAAAAUCCAGAGAUGAGUGGGAGAUGGAAUCGCUACAUAGAAAUGUCAGAACUGAGACUUGCAAUCAAGGUGAUACACAGACAUUAGUUAAAGCAAUCGCUUUAGGUAUUGGACUUAAAACGAACAGUCCAAUGAUGAUGCAACAGCCAAGAGGUGUUCCUGGACAAGUUCCAGUUCAAAUGGGAUCUCCAGGAAUUCAACCAAUGCAACUGGGGAAGAUGCCAUCAAGUAUUAAGACAAACAUUAAAUCUGCGCAGUUGCAUCCGUAUCGAUGAUUUCCUUUAUUAAGACACAACACUCAAUGGUAAUUUUGUCUAUUUAACUUUUUUUCUAAGAAAUAAAUGAGUAGCUGAUAGAAGAAAAAAA